GACAUUUUGGCCCGCCAAUUUCAAACGAUACCGGAGUAGCCGUAUCUGGUUCGCCGUCGAUCUCUUUUUCCGGCGACAUCUCAUUAAAUGAAAAUUUUGGGAUGAAGAUCCGAGUAAAGAGGAAUGGAUAUAGAGGAUUCCGACUAGUUUGGGAUUGAUGCGUAGUUGAGUGAUUGAUUGAUUGUUUGUGGGAUUUUUUUCACAAUGAUAAAAAGGUUAGGAUCAUUCCGGAGCUAUGUCAAUCAUAGGAUACAGUCUUGUUUCAGGAAUGAACAGUCAAGUAAUGAUCAUAUAAUCUUGUUGUGUAAGCAAAAGUUAUUUAAACAAGCUUUAGAGUCAUUUGAGUUGUUAGAAAGGAACACGACUUAUAAUUUGUAUCCAAGCACGUAUGCUCAGCUAGUAUCUGCGUGCUCAUCUCUUAGAUCCCUGCAGUAUGCAAGAAGAGUUCAUAGUCAUAUUUUAGCAUCAAAUUAUCAGCCAGACAUGAUUUUUCAAAAUCAUUUGUUGAAUAUGUAUGGGAAGUGUGGGUCGCUGAAGGAGGCUCGUAAGGUGUUUGAUGAAAUGGUUGAACGAAAUUUGGUUUCUUGGACUUCGAUAAUUGCUGGGUACUCACAAAAUGGUCAGGAGAAUGAAGCAUUAAAUCUUUACUUUCAAAUGCGACAGUUUGGUCUUAUACCUGACCAGUUCACAUAUGGCAGCGUAAUCAAAACAUGCUCAAAUAUGAAACAGGUAGAGUUAGGGAAGCAGUUGCAUGGACAUGUCAUUAAAUCAGAACAUGGUUCCCACCUUAUUGCUCAGAAUGCACUGAUUCCGAUGUAUACGAAGUUUAAUCAAAUUGAUGAGGCAUUGACAGUGUUCUCCCGUAUUAAAUCAAAGGAUUUGAUUUCGUGGAGCUCAAUGAUUGCUGGAUUUUCACAGCUUGGUUAUGAAUCAGAAGCUCUGUCCUGCUUCAGGGAGAUGCUUAGUCAGGGGAAUUACAAACUGAAUGAAUUCGUUUUUGGAAGCAUUUUUAAUGUCUGUAGAAGUCUUUCGCAAGCAGAAUAUGGAAGACAAGUACAUGGUCUAAGUAUAAAAUUUGGGCUUAGUUUUGAUGCUUUUGCUGGUUGCGCUGUUACUGACAUGUAUGCCAGAUGUGGAUGGUUGUAUUCUGCAAGAACUGCAUUCUACCAGAUAGGAAAUCCUGAUCUUGCAUCCUGGAAUGCUCUGAUUGCGGGGUUUGCAUACGGAGGUGACCGUGAUGAAUCUGUAUCUCUCUUUUCUCAGAUGAGAACUUUGAGGUUGACCCCAGAUGAUGUCACAGUUCGUUCUUUACUUUGUGCCUUUGUAAGUCCAUGUGCUCUCUUCCUAGGAAAGCAAGUGCACUGCUAUGUUAUUAAGAGUGGCUUUGAUUUAGAGAUUUCCAUCUCUAAUACAUUACUUUCAAUGUAUGCCAACUGUUCAGAUCUCCCGGAUGCACAUAAAAUUUUCAAUGAGAUAAAAAAUAAAGCAGAUUUAGUCUCAUGGAAUGCCAUUCUUACAGCUUUUCUACAACAGAGAGAUUCUGGAGAGGUCUUCUCAUUAUUUAAAAUGAUGCUUCUUUCUUCUAAUAAGCCUGAUCAUAUUACAUUAGUUAAUAUGCUUGGGGCUUCUGGAAAAGUAGCCUCUUUGGAAAUUGGAGACCAGGUUUGUUGCUAUGCCAUGAAAAAUGGACUAAGUGAAGAUAUUUAUGUCAUGAAUGCUUUAAUUGACAUGUAUGUGAAAUGUGGACAUAUGACAAGUGCUAAGAAGCUCUUUGAUAGUAUGAAGAACCCUGAUGCGGUUUCAUGGAGUAGUUUAAUAGUGGGGUAUGCUCAGUUUGGAUACGGAGAAGAGGCUCUAGACCUCUUCCAAAAGAUGAGAUAUUUAGCUGUCAAGCCAAACCAAGUUACCUUUGUCGGGGUUUUGACUGCUUGUAGUCAUGUUGGACGAGUAAAAGAAGGGUGGCAGUUGUUCAGAGCCAUGGAAACGGAGUUUGGUAUUGUACCAACUAGAGAGCAUUGUUGCUGUGUGGUUGACAUGCUUGCCCGAGCUGGCUGCAUAGAAGAAGCAGAAGCUUUUAUCAAUCAAAUGGAACUUGAUCCUGAUAUUGUGGUGUGGAAAACUUUGUUAGCUGCUUGUAAGACACGUAACAAUCUUGAUGUUGGCAAACGAGCUGCAGAGAAAAUUUUGGAGAUUGAUCCCUCGAAUUCUGCUGCACAUGUGUUACUCUGUAACAUUUUUGCUUCUACAGGCAGUUGGAAGGAUGUUGCAUCACUGAGGGGUCAGAUGAGACAAAAAGGUGUCAAAAAGGUUCCAGGUCAAAGUUGGAUCGAAAUCAAGGACCGGAUCCAUGUCUUCUUGGCUGAGGACUGUAUGCAUGCAGAAAGAGACAGAAUAUAUUCCAUGCUAGAUGAACUAUGGCUGCAGAUGCUGGAUGAUGAUUAUUUGCCCCUCCAGAUUUAAGUUUUAGGGGUAAAACAUUUGGACAGGAUGACUAUUGGAUAUACGCUUCUUGCAAUGUCCACAUUGUGGAGUUGCACCUUUACGAAAUCAGAUUUUACUUAUGCAGGUCUUUGAGUUGGUUUUCUAGAAAUUACGAGGUCUGGAAAGUGUAAACAAAAAUUUGCCAAAUAGCUAUCCAGAGACAUGCUUGACUAGAGAGACACUGAAGCAGCAGAUAUUCUUGUACAAAUGGUCAAAGCAGUUUGCUGUUUUCCAAAGAACAAGUUGUCGUUUCAUAUAGAGAUGUAUUUCAUAUUUCAGAUUAACUGAAGAUUGCUGCCAAAUAGAGAAAGAUAUGAAGAUAGCAUUAGGGAAAAAGUUAGAAUUGCAAUCAAAUUUUGGAACUCAAAUUUCAGGAUGGCUCUACUGCUUUUAAGGAGUGAAUGAGGAAGCUAUUUACUGUUUUGAUGUGUAGAUACACAAGAAACAGCAGUCCACUCUUGUUACUCCCAGUAUCACUUUUCAGUCAUACAUCUUUUUUAUGUACAAAUUGUACUGAUUGUACGCCUGAAGAAUAAUAGUCUGGUGAUUGAGAAGUAUUAUUACAGCAUCUGAAAGUUCACUGCGUGUGAGAUCAAGUCCUCGAGACUUCAGUAUUCUUGAGAAGAUCCACUUCAGGAUAUGGUAAGUAGAGUUCUGAGAGUGUUCUCACCAAGAAUAGCACGGAGAAGGGUCUUGCACUGAGUGAAAGGCACAGCAAAAUCUAGUAAUGGGUAGGCAACUUCUUCCUCAGUAAAUGGUCACCUUGUGGAGGAAGAAGCACUGCCUGAGGCAGCCUUCAUGCAAAACUCAUGUGAUUUGUUUAUUCUUUGCUUUACUGGCUUAAUGAAAGGCCACGAGACGCUUCCAUAAAACUUGUAGCUUCUUAUACCACUUAAGGAAUUGAUGCAGUGUAACCAACUAAAGCGGCAGAUUAAAAGAAUCACGAGUUGUAACUCUCUGAACCAUUAGCUCCCUUGAAGUGAGGAAGUAAAGCUUGUGUUUUCAGAAAGCAGGUCUGUGGUACUUGAUGCCUGAUAGGGCUUUCUCGUAUGCAGCCCCAGGUGGUAACCAUAUUCUCAAGCCCAAAUGACCGCCUCAUUACUAGUGAAGUUCACUAAACUGUAAGUGAAGCUUUGGACCAUUUGCUCUAAGAAGGUGAUUACUGCAUAGGAUUUCAGAAAUAGGUCUUUGGGCCUAUUUUAAUGGUCAUCGACAAGAAAAGAGAUAUCCAGUAUGACACUUAAAUUUGAGCGCUGCAUUGCAACUAGAAGGCAUAAAUGGAAGCCAGCUAUGUUAGAAGGAGUUGCUUAAAGUGUUCUGAGAGGAGAUUGCAACAUAGGCCUUAGACUGAACCGAUCUAAGGUGGCUAUACGGGUUUACGCCUUUGCAUCAGUCAUCACUAUGCUUUUGUGAGUUUUUGCCCAUUAUAUUAUUUGUUUUGUAGUGUAAUUGUUCAGCAACCUAUGUAGGAAUGCUAUUAAAGAUUAAUACAUCAGUUCUAGAUUUCAAGACCCUUGUUUAUCCUA